AUUUUGAGACAGAGAGCGCUGGCGGCGGCGGAGCGGCAGCAACGCGCCGGGGCACAGGCAACGGGGGCGGCCGCGGACCGAGAGCAGCGAGCCGGGCGUCGGCCAGCGGCUGUGCUGGGGCGCUGGGGGGGGCGGGAGGGCAGAGGAGGGGCCCCGAGGCGCCUCCCCGACUUUGCAGCUCCGGGGACACCUCGCCGGGGAAGGAGGAAGCGCCGGGCACCGCCGCCGGGCCCUGACUCCUGGUCUCCCGUCCCCCCCUUCCCCUCCUCCCGGUCCCCUCCCCUUUGGCCGCCGGGGAAGCCGCCACCCCCGGCCGGUGUCUCCUCCCCACCCCUUUCCCCCGACCAGGUGCCGCCGCCGAGAUUGGGCGAAUAGCGAGCAAAUACGUGCGCGUCUCGCUGCCUCCGCCGGCUGCCCGCUCCCUGCCCGCCGGAGCCCAGCCGCAGCCCCCCGAGGCGGGUGCCCAGUCCCGGCCGCUGCCAAGGCCCCGCCGAUCCUCCGCCCCUUCCCCUCCCGACGCAGGCCUGCAGCCCCCAUCGGGAAAGGCCCAGGCCGCCGCAGCCUCCGAGCCCCAGCCCCAGCCCGACAUGAACCACCAUCAGCAACAGCAGCACCAGAAGCCCGGGGAGCAGCAGCUGAGCGAGCCCGAGGACAUGGAGAUGGAAGCUGGAGAUACAGAUGAUCCUCCAAGAAUUACUCAAAAUCCUGUCAUUAAUGGGAACGUAGCAAUGGCUGAUGGACAUAACAACACUGAAGAAGACAUGGAAGAUGAUACAAGUUGGCGAUCAGAAGCAACAUUUCAGUUUACAGUUGAACGCUUCAACAGAUUGAGCGAGUCAGUUCUCAGCCCUCCCUGCUUCGUUCGGAAUUUGCCAUGGAAGAUCAUGGUUAUGCCACGACUCUACCCAGACAGACCACACCAAAAAAGUGUAGGCUUCUUCCUACAGUGCAAUGCUGAAUCUGAUUCCACGUCAUGGUCUUGUCAUGCACAAGCAGUUCUCAAGAUAAUAAACUACAAGGAUGAUGAAAAAUCAUUCAGUCGUCGUAUUAGUCACUUGUUCUUUCAUAAGGAAAACGACUGGGGCUUUUCCAACUUCAUGGCCUGGAGUGAAGUGACUGAUCCUGAAAAAGGCUUUAUAGAAGAGGACAAAGUUACUUUCGAAGUCUACGUUCAAGCAGAUGCUCCACAUGGAGUGGCGUGGGAUUCAAAGAAGCACACAGGAUACGUUGGCUUGAAGAACCAGGGAGCAACUUGUUACAUGAACAGUUUGUUACAGACUUUAUUUUUCACAAAUCAGCUACGAAAGGCUGUGUACAUGAUGCCCACAGAAGGAGAUGAUUCAUCCAAAAGUGUUCCUUUAGCCUUGCAAAGAGUGUUUUAUGAGCUGCAGCACAGUGACAAACCAGUUGGAACUAAAAAGUUAACAAAAUCUUUUGGGUGGGAGACUUUAGACAGUUUCAUGCAGCAUGAUGUCCAGGAGCUGUGUAGAGUGCUGCUCGAUAACGUGGAAAAUAAAAUGAAAGGCACGUGUGUAGAAGGCACUAUUCCUAAACUGUUCAGAGGCAAGAUGGUGUCUUAUAUCCAGUGCAAACACGUAGACUAUCGAUCUGAACGGAUAGAAGAUUAUUAUGACAUCCAGCUAAGUAUAAAGGGAAAGAAAAAUAUUUUUGAGUCCUUCAUUGACUAUGUUGCAGUGGAACAGUUGGAUGGUGACAACAAGUAUGAUGCAGGAGAACAUGGCUUGCAGGAGGCAGAGAAAGGUGUGAAGUUCCUGACGUUGCCACCAGUAUUACACCUACAGCUCAUGAGAUUUAUGUAUGAUCCUCAGACUGACCAAAACAUAAAGAUAAAUGAUAGGUUUGAGUUUCCUGAACAGUUGCCACUAGAUGAAUUUUUGCAAAAAACAGAUCCUAAAGAUCCUGCAAAUUACAUUCUUCAUGCUGUUCUAGUCCACAGCGGAGAUAACCAUGGUGGACAUUACGUUGUUUACUUGAAUCCAAAGGGAGAUGGCAAAUGGUGUAAGUUUGAUGACGAUGUUGUAUCGCGAUGCACGAAGGAAGAAGCGAUUGAACACAACUACGGAGGUCACGAUGAUGACUUAUCUGUACGGCACUGUACGAACGCGUACAUGUUGGUUUACAUCAGGGAGUCAAAGCUGAGUGAAGUCUUGCAGCCUGUUACAGACCACGAUAUUCCUCAGCAACUUGUAGAAAGGCUACAAGAAGAGAAAAGGAUAGAAGCCCAGAAGAGGAAGGAGAGGCAAGAAGCUCACCUCUAUAUGCAAGUGCAGAUAGUAGCGGAGGAUCAGUUCUGUGGUCACCAAGGCAAUGACAUGUACGAUGAGGAAAAAGUGAAAUACACUGUUUUCAAAGUAUUAAAAAACUCCACGCUCACAGAAUUUGUUCAAAAUCUCUCUCAAACCAUGGGUUUCCCCCAGGAUCAAAUCAGAUUAUGGCCAAUGCAAGCUAGAAGUAAUGGAACAAAAAGACCUGCAAUGCUGGAUAAUGAAGCAGAUGGCAAUAAAACGAUGAUCGAGCUCAGUGACAAUGAAAAUCCAUGGACAAUAUUUUUGGAAACAGUAGAUCCAGAGAUGGCUGCUACUGGAGCAACAUUACCCAAGUUUGAUAAAGAUCAUGAUGUGAUGUUGUUUCUGAAGAUGUAUGACCCGAAGACUCGGAGUUUGAAUUAUUGUGGACACAUCUACACAACUAUAUACUGUAAAAUACGUGACUUGCUUCCAGUUAUGUGUGACAGAGCAGGAUUUCCACGAGAAACUAACCUUAUCCUCUAUGAGGAAGUUAAACCAAAUUUAACAGAAAGGAUUCAAGACUAUGAUGUAUCUCUUGAUAAAGCUCUUGAUGAACUCAUGGACGGCGACAUCAUCGUGUUUCAGAAGGAUGACCCAGAAAACGACAACAGUGAGCUACCAACAGCUAAAGAAUACUUCCGAGACCUCUAUCAUCGUGUGGAUGUCAUUUUCUGUGAUAAAACCAUCCCAAAUGACCCAGGCUUUGUUGUUACUUUAUCCAAUAGGAUGAAUUACUUUCAGGUUGCGAAGACAGUUGCGCAAAGGCUUAACACGGAUCCAAUGCUAUUACAGUUUUUCAAGUCUCAAGGUUAUAGAGAUGGCCCUGGUAAUCCUCUUAGACAUAAUUAUGAAGGUACUUUACGAGAUCUUCUGCAGUUCUUCAAACCUAGGCAACCUAAAAAACUUUACUAUCAACAGCUCAAAAUGAAAAUAACUGAUUUUGAAAACAGAAGAAGUUUUAAAUGCAUAUGGCUAAACAGCCAGUUUAGGGAAGAGGAAAUAACAGUAUAUCCAGAUAAGCAUGGGUGCGUGCGGGACCUGUUAGAAGAAUGUAAAAAAGUUGUAGAACUCUCUGAAAAAGGUUCAGGAAAAUUAAGGCUGCUAGAAAUUGUAAGUUACAAAAUAAUUGGUGUCCAUCAGGAAGAUGAACUCUUAGAGUGUUUGUCGCCUGCAACAAGUCGAACGUUUCGAAUAGAGGAAAUUCCUCUGGACCAGGUAGAUAUAGAUAAAGAAAAUGAGAUGCUAAUCACAGUGGCACAUUUCCACAAAGAGGUUUUUGGGACAUUUGGAAUUCCAUUCUUGCUGAGGAUACACCAGGGUGAACACUUCAGAGAGGUUAUGAAGCGGAUUCAGACAAUGCUGGACAUACAAGAAAAAGAAUUUGAAAAGUUUAAAUUUGCGAUCGUCAUGAUGGGCCGACACCAGUAUCUCAAUGAGGAUGAGUAUGAAGUGAACUUGAAAGAUUUUGAGCCCCAGCCCGGCAAUAUGUCUCAUCCAAGGCCAUGGCUAGGGCUUGACCAUUUCAAUAAAGCCCCAAAGAGAAGUCGCUACACUUACCUUGAAAAAGCUAUUAAAAUCCAUAACUGACUUACUUAACCAGAGUGUCAAGGCAAGGGACAAAAAUCAGUGUGUGUGUGCACCUUUUUAACAACUGUAGAACUUUGGUACACGUGCACUAUAUCUGAAGUCUUCAGCAAGAGGAUUUGCUGCUGAUGUUAAUUUUAUUUUGUUGAGGCUGUUCAGUUUGGCUUCUCUGUAUCUAUUGACUGCCCUUUUUGAGCAAAAUGAAGGUGUUUUUAUAAAGCUUGGAUGCCAAUGAGAGUUAUUUUAUGGUAAACGUAAUGCAAGGCAAUUGUCAGCAUAAUGAGGGAAGAGUUUCGUAGAGCAGUUGACAUUGGCAAAAUAUUUGUCUGUAGUACGUUUCUAGAUGGCAUAAGCUUGCUGGCUGCCCUUCCCAGUGUGGUGUUUGCCAUCACUGCAGCUAGUAAGUCUUAUGUUUAGACUCACAUCAGAUUUAUUUCCUUCAGUUAUACUUUAAAAUGACAUUUUUGUGCAUUUGUAAAUGAAAAAAAAAAGAAAAAAACUCACAUCAUCAAUAAAUAGCAAUCUCUACUUCAUUGUGUACAUUGUUGGCACUUAUUCGGGAUUUUUAUCUCCUCCAGCUGCAUAGAAUCUUUUUUGAUAAUCUAGUUUUCCUGUUAAUUUAGUCACUACUUUGCAUCCUGUUUUGCCAAGUGGAAGCCCCGAGUCCUAAAAAGGGGAAAAAAAAAAAAAAAAGAAGAGAUAAUUUGGGUCUUUUUAAUGAAUUCUCAGCCACCAUUGUGAUUUCUUAAUGCCACCUUCUGGCAAAUGGAACAACACUCAAAAAGUUGGCAAAAGCAAGCGAAAAAGAUGAUGAAUAUCAUUAGCUGCCAUGAGAAGAGAUGGGCAAAACACAAGAACUAGCCUUUUAGCACAGAGGGCAUGCUCACUAGUGUUUAGUAAGCCAUUGACUUUGUGUAAAACAGGAGGGGGAGUUAAAAAAGGAAAUAAAAAAAUUGUAUAUUUAAUGACUGAACCUGUACAAUUUAACACUUGGAGGUUGAUUUUGUUGGGUGAGUCUGCAAGUGAAUUUCACUGAUGUUGAUAUUCAUUGUGUGUAGUUUUAUUUCAGUCCCCAGACGGCUUCCUUUUUUCUUUUGGAGCUAACUGCCAGCCGCGUGUCUAGUUUUGAGUGCAGUAAAGAUAGAAUCAGCAAGUCACACUUAAUUUUACAUUCUUUUCCAGUAUUUUAUUUUGUUUCUGUAGCCGCAGUGUACAACAACUCUUCCUGUAUAUUGCCUUUUUUUGCUGGAAAAUGUUGUAUGUUGAAUAAAGUUUUCUAUAAAA